AUGGCAGCGGAUUCCGAUCCCUUGCAAGAUUUCUGCGUCGCAGACAAGGAAAGCAUGGUUAAGGUGAACGGGUUCGUUUGCAAAGAUCCCAAGGAUGUUUCGGCAGAGGACUUCUUCUUCGGGGGACUUGGGCAGGCAGGGAACACCGACAAUGCAGUGGGCUCAAAUGUAACGAUGGCCAAUGUUAUGCAGAUACCAGGCCUCAACACCUUCGGAAUAUCGUUGGUCCGUAUCGAUUACGCAGUGGGUGGAAUAAAUCCUCCUCACACGCACCCAAGAGCCACUGAAGUUCUUGUUUUACUGGAAGGCCAGCUUCUUGUGGGUUUCAUUGACACCACCAACAAGUUUUUCAGCAAAACGUUGGAGAAGGGAGAUGUGUUUGUGUUUCCAAAGGCACUUGUGCAUUUCCAGCAGAAUGUGGGGCAUGAAAAUGCGGUGGCCAUAGCUGCAUUGAGCAGCCAGCUUCCGGGAGCUCAGACAAUCGCCAACUCUCUGUUUGCAGCGGAUCCUGCUCUCCCAGAUUCCGUAUUGGCCAAGGCCUUCCGCAUCACCCAAGAGCUUGUCGAUUUCAUUCAGAAGAAAUUUGCAUAA